AUGGCGGUGAGAUCGCUGUGUCCGUGCCGCGCUCCUCGCCGGCUCUUCUCCACCUUGAGGCCGGAGAGUCAGGCUGCGAUCUCGGUGGAGGUCGCGCCCCGUCGGGACGUUUCGAGGUUGAUCGGCCUCCGAGCCGUCGGCGCUGGCAAUCAGCACGUCUCUGGCGAGUCCUCAGGAGCGUACGGAUCCGAGGAGGCGCCGGCGCCUUCGUCGCCGACGUCGUUGGCUAUUGAUUUCCUCACUCUGUGCAGAAGUCUCAAGGUAGGUAGGCCCUGACGUGAUCUGCUCACUCUGUCAUAUUCCCUCAUUGUGAUAUAACGGCUCUGAUACGUUCUAAUAAUCCAGGGAUGGGAAUGUAUUGAUGUACUGAUCUUUUUCAGUUUUAAUAUGUUAUCCGCUGUUCCUAUCUAAUUUCGAAAUCUGAUUGCGAAGAGGAGAGCUUUAUUUUUUUCCGGUGUCUUUUUUGUCGUCUUAUAAACCCCGUUGGGAACCUAGUCUAACGACGCUAAAUGUUGACAUAGUAAUACUAACUUGUACAUUCCUAAAGGGUAUUUAUGGUUAUGAUAAAUCUUAUGAAAAAGUAAUCGAUACUAUUUUUUAUUAUGUGGAUUAUUGACGAUAGGUUUGAACUAAAAUAUCAAGGUAGAUUAUAAUGGUGUGGAGAUGUCAUCAUGAUAGAAAAUCAUUAAUCCCAUAUUGUCAUAACCCAGUCUUAUGCAGUUGAGGAAACCACUGUUACACCUUACUCAUCACGCCGAGGUCCUUUUCAAUGUCAUGCAAUCAUAUAUGCAUGUAUCUAUAUAUUUAUGUUUAUAUUUUAGAAGUUGAAAAGUGACAGUAUACAAGAAAAUUAAUAAGUUAUUAUUCACAGAAGAUUUUCAUCAGGAAUUUUAAAUAUGUUUUUUUCUCUUUUUUUGCCACCGUUCUACAUAGUGAACUUGUAUCUUUCUCUUACCUUUUUAACCUCUUUGGAAUGGAUUUUUGGUUUUCAAAAUGUACUUUUUAAAUCAGAUGUCUUGUCAUUUAUUUAAAGUUUUCUUCUAAUUUUUAUUGUAAUGUUUAUCUUCAGACUACAAAAAGAAAGGGGUGGAUCAACCAUGGAAUAAGGGAACCUGAAUCUAUUGCUGAUCAUAUGUAUCGCAUGGCAAUAAUGGCUUUAAUCUCUGGUGAUCUACCAGGAGUAAACAGAGAAAGGUUAGGCAUGAAAAAAGUGUAUUGCGCCAUGGAUCUAUGUCUUUUUGACAUCUCCCAUGAACUCUUUUAUCUUUAGGAUAGUUUUGCAUUUUUUUUGGAAAUUGUGUGUAACUCACUUUUGCUUAUUUAGUAAUUGAUUACUCUUUAAUUUCAUAUUCUACAAAUAAUUUUGUGAGGCUUUAAAUCAUGUCCAUGAAUCUUGAACUUAGGGAUUACUUUUUAAGUAUAUGAUGCUUUGUAUUAUGAACAUUCAAGUUUAUGUUGCUAAAACUUGCUGGUUAGGUAUGUCAGUUGUUCGAAUUUUACUCAAAUGAGCACUAAUGGUUUGAAAUCAACCUUUUGGGUUAAGUUUUUUCUUCUGACUAGUGACUGCUGUGAACUAAUUUCCGAAAACUCUAUACAGCAUAAACUGUAAUGAAUUAAAGCAGGAGCAAUAUGUAGUGUCCUUGAGAGUAAAAACGGCAUCAUAAUUGGAGUUUUGGUAUAUUGUGAUAAGUAUGGGAAGAAGGAAAGUCUAUUGAGGUUUAUGUGGACUAUUCUGUAAUCCCACUUCAGGGACUUGAGCCAAGCCUGAAUCAUUAUUCUUCUUUAUAUUUUCAAAACAUGUUUUAAGGCCUUGUGAAAGCAACAAAGGUGUUUCCAAACUGCCUAGGCAAGUUCCACCGAGUCUGUGCCUAUCUAUGUUGAAUACAGAACAGAUAAUUACAACAUGAGUUCUGUUGUAUGGUCAGGCAAUUUAAUUAAGCAAUGCAAUGCAUCCAGCUGGCCCAAAUACAUGACAAAGCAUCGUCUGCUUAUGAGUCAUUUGUAAUUUAUCAAUAUAUAUAUAUGUAUCAUUUUAAAGGGUAUUAUUUGAUUAAAUAAAUAUGAUAUUAACAUCAUUAAAUUGACAUCAAUGUUAUGAUUUUAAUAUGGUGUAUUUUUAAAUUUACCAAAAUUUUUAUAAUGUCGUAUGACUUAAAUUUGGGACAGGAGUCCUAAAUUUAUUCUUUAUAUAUUUGGACAGGAGUUCCCUGUUCUCCUCAUCCAUAGCAGCCUUGCUUGAAAAAUAAAAAUAGAUGAUCAGGUAUAGUAAUGAAAAUAAUUACCUGCCUCCAAAAUUUGUGCAUGCUACAAACCUUCUUUUAGCAUUAAGAAGAAAUAGAAGUCAUGGGCAACGAGAAAGAGGCCGAUGUUCAAUGUGUCUGAAAUUGGCACGAGUCGAGUGAUUAUCAAUGCUUAUUGGAUAUGAUAAUAACUGCAACCCAGGUGAUAUGUCUUAUUGUUGGCCGGAAGAAUGAACGAUAUAAUUGGACACUGCCUGGUGAGGAUGUCUUAUUUGAUGUUACACUCAUCUGUAAAGUAGCUUAUUUGUUCCCCGUUAUUUUCAUGUUACUGAUAUCUGACAAGAAUUGCCUUUUCUUUUUAAAUAGGUGUAUAAAAAUUGCAAUUGUGCAUGACAUUGCAGAAGGUAUUUGGCAAAAAUUCAUGUACCGUGUUUUUUCAAAUGAUUUAGUUUUGAAUCAGGCAAUGUGAACUUUUUUUUUGUCUAAAUCAGUGACAAGAUGAGUUCAAUUUGAUCGAUCAUCUGUCUGAGAUUUUCCCUUUCUAUUACGUAUUACAGGGUUUAAUUAUUGUAUCCUUGUCUAAUGCACUUCUUUUGUGUGUAAUUUUCUGGUCUUCAUAGCAAUAGUUGGAGACAUCACACCCUCGGAUAACGUGCCAAAAGCGGAAAAGAGCAGGCUUGAGAAAGCAGCUCUGGAUGAAAUGUGUAAAGUUCUUGGUGGAGGACUUAGAGGUACUCAUUGAUUGCCCUCUUUUACCUCUUUUAAUUGUGAUGCUUGUUUUAGAACACUGUUAUUGUGCAUCUGCAGCUGAUGAAAUAAAAGAACUCUGGGCAGAAUAUGAGAAUAACUCUUCAAUAGAGGCUAACCUGGUGAAGGAUUUUGACAAGGUACACUUUUUAUCUUGUGCCUUAAUAACGAUAUAUUAUAACAAGUAUUAUUAUUUUUCUUCCCAAGUAUUCUGUCCAACUGAUUCCGAGCGCCAAAUACAAACAUUGAUACCCUUUGACUCCUGUCUAGUUCUAUGGAUAAUAGUUCUGGCUUGUCGCUUUCAUUCCGUAUUUAUAUGGUUUCCAUAGACUGGAGAUAAGUCUGAUGCUGUAUAUGUUGAAUGAAUUGGGUCAAACAUAGAAAAGCGAUUUUGGCUAGGUGUGGUAGCAGACCGCAAAUUGGCAUAUUUUCGCACUCUUUUUGUAGUAUCACGAUAAGAUAAGAUGAGAGAGAGAGAGGAGAGAGAGAGAGAGAGGUUCAAGAGUUAUGGAGGGAAAAAGGUUUUUCCCCUAUCAUAGAUCACAGGAUAUCCAUUGGCGUCAUGCCGAUGGACAACUCUGGUAUCAUCCACAGAUAGUGGCCCUAGAUACGUUGCAUUAUGCUUUUCAUGAUGGGAUAAAUAUUAGAGAAAAUCCUAUCUAGCUGUUUCUUCCAUAGCCACACGCUGUUAGUGAGCACCAAGGAAUUCUCAUCAACUCUUCUACCUUGGGCGUUGCUGAAAGCGCCCUUUUCCAUUGUGUAAAAUGCUCUAGUACUUUGUCCAUCACCGCUUUUCUGCUAUGUGCUCUGGGAUUAGAUGUUUGAUGCAUAUAUUGUGAAAACCUGCCGCAACCUGUAACAUGCCAUGUGCCCUGUGCUUCUUUUUCUGACAUCUUGAGCGUGCAAUAUUUUUUAACUUUUCAAUAUUAAUGAGUGAUCAUUGAAACUAGGUGGAAAUGAUUCUUCAAGCCUUGGAAUAUGAAAUGGGUAUGGAUUUCUGUCCAAAAAUGUGUUUAAAUUUCCUUAUUCUUCUUGGCAUUGCAUGCUAAAGAACUCAAUUUCUGAGGAUCUAUCCCUUCUUUGAGUAACUUGAUAAGCGUAGCAUAAUUUGCUUCCCCAAUUGUGUACAAUUCGUUGAUAGUUUCGAAAUCCCACUUUGCUGAUUACCUGCAACAGAGAGAGAGAGAGAGAGAGAGAGAGAGAGAGAGAGAGAGAGAGAGAGGAACUGUUGAUGGACACAGGUCAACAAUCUGUUCGGUAACCGUGAAAUCUCUUUUAUAUGAUUUUUUUUUUCUUGCUGUUUGCAGAACAUGGAAAGGUUUUGGAUGAGUUCUUCCUUUCUACAGCAGGUAAAUCGACAUUGCAUAUAUUACAAACUGAUGUUUAUAAAUUAUUUCGUAGCUUAUUUCUGUGGAUGCUUCCCUUCCCCGCAGCACGAUAAGCUUAUUUCAGUUGCUUUAGUUCAUGCCGUAAAAAAUAAUGCUAAUUAUUUCGAGGCUAUGUUAGUGAUUCGUUCCCUUAAUGAGAAUGUUGAUGUAAUAAAUUACAGGCAAGUUCCAGACUGAGGUUGGGAGGAGCUGGGCAGCAGAGGUAGUCUCCAGAAGGAACUUGACUUUGGGGAGCAACUAA